AUGGAGCGACAACCCGUUAAAGUUGAUCCGAUUUCGGUUGGGGAAAAAUCGGAUCUCGAAGCUAUGGCUCAUUUAGCAGCGCAGGUUUAUGAAAUUUCAGACUAUGAAAUAAAAAGGAAAUUUAGGUUGGUGAUGGCAGAUUGUUCAAAAUGGAGGUCGAUUACGCCAAGCAAGUCGACGAGGCGAUUUUGAAAGCGGACGCGAUUGCUAAGGUUCCUUAAUUCUAAAAUUCGAGUUAUUCCGUUUUAUGCACAGAAAGGAGACGUUUUGGGUGCGGUGGAAUCGCUCAAUCAGAUUGAGAAACUUUCAAGACUCGGCACUGACAUGAGGAGCAACACUCGCGUUGUACAACACAUGGUUGGAAAAAAAUUCAGUUUUUCAAGUUGCUGACACUUUGAAUUCAGGUGAAGCUUUGUUUUGAAGGCGGCAAGUGGGAUUUACUGAAUGAGACGGUUUUGACUCUUUCUAAAAAGCGUCUUUUGAUAAAAGUAGCUAUCGCGAGAAUGGUGACAAAUCUCUCUUGGCUUGGAUCAUGUCUCGUUCCUAGGUUCGAGAUUGUGUGGCCAUGAUUGAAAAGCUUCCUACCGAAGAAACUAAAAUGAAGCUCAUUGAGACGCUUCGCGCUGUGACCGCGGGAAAGGUUAGUAUGCCCAGUUUUCAGGGAAAUUUUUUUUUAAAGAUAUACGUAGAAGUGGAACGAGCUCGUUUGACUUCGAUGGUUGUAAAGAAAAUGGAGAAAGAAGGAAAAUUGGAAGAGGCGGCCACUAUGUUGCUCGAGCUUCAAGUGGAAACUUACGGUUCCAUGGAGAUCCAAGAGAAGGUGGAAAUUGGCCAUCGCAUUAUUUCAAAAUUUUUUAAAGGUUGAAUACUUGCUCGAGCAAAUCCGCUUUUUCUCUUGCCCGCUCUGACUUCAUUCGUGCCACCAUCAUUUCGAAAAAAAUUAAUAUCAAGUUUUUUUCAAUUCAGAUAAAGAUGCGGUAGUUUUAUUGUAAGCUAUCGCGUCAAUUUUACUAAAUUUAGGUUCAAGAUUUGAAGCUAAAAUACUACGAUCAAAUGGUGAAGAUCGGACUUCAUGACGAGAAUUAUUUGGAUAUCUGUCGAUAUUAUCGGUUUUUAUUAUUAAUUAUAACUAAAUUUCAUUUUUCAUUCAAGUGCUAUUUACGAAACCCCGAAGGUGAAAAGCGACUCAGCGAAAGCCAAAGCAACACUUCGAAAUGCUGUUGUUUUCUGUCUUCUUGCGCCUCAUUCAAACGAACAAUGGGACCUUCUCAAUCGGAUAGCUGUUCAACGGGAAUUGGAGCUCGUGCCUGAACAUAAAGUUUUUAAAUAAGUUUAUUCUCUGGUUGAAGCGAAAAUUUUAAGGCAAUCGUCGACCUUUUCAUUACUCAAGAACUGAUUUCUUACAAGGGUACGAUCAUCAAGUCUUAUGAAAAACUUUUGCGCCGAGGAACUCCAACAGCGCCUGACACUGGAGUAUGUAAUCUUCCCGAAAUCUUUUUACACAUUUCAUGUAGAUUUUCGAUUCUUCAAAAGAAGGAGAAAAACGAUGGAACGAUUUUCAUCUUCGAGUUGGUGAACAUGUAAGAAGCUUUUUUGUAGUUUGGAAUUUUUUUUACGUUGACUCUGCAGAACAUGAGGAUGAUUUCGAAGUACUACACUCAAAUAACUUUUGAUCGUCUCGCAGAACUCUUGGACUUCCCGAUAGACGUAAGUAUAUUUGAAACUCUUGUUUUUUUUUUUCGACUUUUGGGGGAAAAUUUCCUCGUUAAACUUGAGCACUAAUUUGCUUUUGGUAAUAAAAAAAUUGAAAAAGUUCUCUAUAUUAUUUUUUUCAAAACUUCAAUUUCAAUCUUUUUCUUCAUAAUAUUUUUCAAAUAUGUAUAAAAAAAUUUGAACAUUUAGAUUAAAAAAAUAAAAGUAUUAAUUAAAGCAGAGUUUUUUUAAUUACCAAAAAAACCGGUCGAGAUUUUCAGGAAACUUGGAUCAGGUCCACCGUUACAAUUUUUUAUAGACUUAGAUUUUUUUUUUCGAGAUUUUUCCAUUCGCAAACUUUUUAAAAUUUUCCGUUAGACUUUCAAUCUUUUCUGUUCCGCUCAUAUAUUUUUUCUCAAAAAGUUCAUUAAGGAGAUGGAAUCCUUCGUCUGCAACUUGAUUGUGACUGGUCAAAUUAUUGAUGCCAAGUUGCAUCGUCCUUCUCGCGUUGUUAACCUCAGGGCGCGCAAAGCCAACGUUGAACAACUCGAUAACUGGGCUAGCAAUGUGCACAAGCUCACUGAGACUCUCAACAAGGUUCGUAUAUUGCUCCUUUCUUUUAUUUAGUUUUAUCUAAUUUCACAUCGAGAGAGACAUUAUGAUUGUUUAGGUGUCUCAUUUGAUCUUGAAAGAGCAAAUGGUCCACCGAAACCUCGAAACUUCUCCGACACCUGCUUAA